AUGAGAGGGGCCGGUACUUUGAUACCUGCCCGUUUCUUGACUCUCCUUGGCCACUUUUGUGUGCUAGUUACUUUGCUAUGGGAGAACAAUCAGAGUGUACGUCUUUGUUUGCCCAGCCACUAUAUCGACAGUCACUUCCAGACGUAUCACAAGCGAUUGGUGGUGGGGCUCGCUGUUUCUGUAGUAUUCAUUGCGAUCGAAUUCAUCACCUUCAUCCUCGGAGUCACCAUGUUCUCAUCAUCUGUUGCCCUCACCUCGAUCACAGGCCACGGUUUCGCCUCCAUCUUCCUCUCGUAUUUCAUCAUGGACGGCUGGUUCUGUGAUUGGUUCUGGAUAAUCUUCUUGUUUUGUUCUGUCAUACCAUUCGUCACUGAUAUCUCAGUUGCUUUUGUUACUUUAUAUAAAGUGCAAGUACUUUCACAUUUACCGCUAUCCCCACUAUUUGAAUUCGCAAUACUAUCUUUCGAACCAAUAACCAAUGAGCACCAGCACUUGACGAGUUCUAACGAGUACAAAGCGGGAUGGUCUUUUUACUUGGUCCUGGCCGGAGUGGUGACCACUCUAGGCUCGUCCUUGCCAGUCGGAUUCAACAUCGGAGUUGUGAACACGCCAGCUGAGAUUUUGAAGAAUUUCUGCAAUGAAAGUUUCAUUAGCCGUUAUGAUCUACCUUUGGACAAUAAAUGGCUUAACGUGUUGUGGUCGGCCGUUGUCUCUACGUUCAUCGUGGGCGGCUGUAUCGGGUCAUUACUCGGCUCAGUGCUAGCUGACAAACUCGGCCGUAAGAAGGCGACGAUAUCAACCAAUAUUCUGUUUAUAUGUGGCGGCGUCAUGUUUCUGUUAUGUCGAGCAGCCAACUCAGUGGAGAUGAUGAUCGUUGGGAGGUUCUUGGUAGGGCUGGCGGGAGGUUUAACAACAAGUAUAGUUCCUAUGUAUCUGACGGAGCUGGCGCCCACGUCGCUCACGGGCGCCAUGGGCGUCGCCUGUCCCAUGGGCGUCAACGUGGGCGUGCUGGUGGGACAGGUCAUGGGGCUAGACUGUCUGCUAGGUGGUGCCGACAACUGGCCGUAUCUCCUAUCCUGUUUCAUGGUGCUAGUCAUUAUUAGUUUACCAAUCCUGUGUGUAUUGCCUGAGAGUCCCAAGUACCUGUUUGUGGUCAGGAGAGAUGAGGUCGCCGCUCUUGAUGAGUUGAGUCGUGUCCGCGGUGAGAGUGUGUCUCGUGUGUCGUGUGAGCUGGAGUGUCUCAGGUUUGAGUCCCCGUCCAGGUCGGGGUCUUUGCUGUCCGCCUUGAGGAACCCCGCCCUCCGCCUGCCUCUGCUGCUGGUGUGUGCAGCACAAGCCGGACAGCAGACAAGCGGCAUUAACGCGGUGUUCUACUAUUCUCAGAGCAUCUUCCGCCAGGCGGGUUUGUCUGAACACAGCUCUCAGUUGGCCAGCAUCUCGUGUGGAGCUAUCAAUGUUUGUACAGCGAUAGUUGUGUCUCGAGUGGUCAGUCACGCCGGUCGACGUCCCUUACUACUCGGCUCUACACUCGCUGCGACUUUAUCACUUGCAGCUCUUGGUUUCGCGAAAAUAUAUAGCGUGAGACGUCGUAUCUUGGAUGCCGUUCGUGUGUAUGUCAACAGUUCUCAUCUAUGUUCUAGUGUACGGCCCCUCGGUCUCGGUCCCAUACCGUACUUCAUAGCUUCAGAGUUGUUCGAGGUGUCAUCUCGGUCUGCCGGCAUGUCGUGGGGUUCUCUGGCUAAUUGGGGAGGGAACUUUAUAGUGGGGAUGACUUUUCCCUACUAUGAGAGAUACACUAGGAGCAUACUGCUUCUUCGUGUUCGCUGGCAUUACAGGAAUACUCUUCUGUUUCCUUAA